AUGGCGGGGAAUGCGUGGAUCAACGGGUAUCUGGAGGCGAUACUGGACAGCGGGGCGGCGGCGAUCUCGGCGGAGGAUGGGAACCAGCAGAGGUGGCCGGUGUCGCCGGUGGAGCUGAAGGACGGGCCAGGCGGCGAAGAUGGUGAUGGAGGGAUGGGGCUCUUCAAUCCGACGAGGUACUUCGUGGAGGAAGUGGUGACGGGGGUGGACGAGACGGAUCUCCACCGGACAUGGAUCAAGGUCGUCGCCACCCGCAACACCCGCGAGCGAAGCUCCCGCCUGGAGAAUAUGUGCUGGCGCAUCUGGCACCUCGCCCGCAAGAAGAAACAGGUCCUCUCUCUCUCUCUCUCUCUCUCUCUCUCUCUCUCUACAGAUGCUUGCCCUCUUUUUCUCCCUCUAGGCUCUCCGAUAAUCUCUGUGGAGUUUUGUCCAUCUUUGUCUGAAGUCUCUUCUUCGAACGAUACUACUCUGUAAACUCUCUCUCUCUCUCUCUCUCUCUCUUCUGUCUGUGUGUGUGAGCUCUUUCUCUCUCUAGUUCGUCCGAAUAAUUUUCUGUCUCUCUCUAAAAUCUUCCAUCCAAGUAUUUCUCUGUUCUCUCGGCUUUCUGUUCCUCUGUAUGUUUCUUUCUCUGGAUUCCCUCCGUCUCUCCAGACUCAAUUUCUAUCGGAAAUCUCUCUGCAAAAGCCUUCCUGUCUGAGUUCAAUCCUCUCGUCGAAGCCUCACUCUCUCCCCCAAAAUUCUCUAUCUCUACCUCUGUCUCUCGCUCUCUGGUUCGUUCUGAUUUUGGUGGGCGAUGAGUAGCUGGAAUGGGAGAACUACCAGAGGGCGGCAGGGCGGCGGCUGGAGAGGGAGCAGGGGAGGAGGGACGCCACUGAGGACAUGUCGGAAGACCUAUCGGAGGGGGAGAAGGGGGACAUCGCCGGCGAGCUCGCCCCCCCUGAAACCCCCAGAGCGAAGCCUCCCAAGAGCAUCUCCGAUUCCUCCUGGACCGACGACAACAAAGGCAAGAAGCUCUACAUCGUCCUUAUCAGGUCCUCCUCCAUCCUCCUUUCCUCUCUAGUCUGCGCCACCGCCGCCGCCGGUGACCAUCUUCUCUCCACAGCUUGCACGGCCUUGUCCGGGGGGAGAACAUGGAGCUCGGGAGAGACUCGGACACCGGCGGCCAGGUAAACCCCUCUUCCCUUUCCCCCCUCGCCGCCUCCAGCGGCGGCGCUGAGUCGGGAACUCCCGAGUUGAGCGGGUCGUCGCCGUGACGCAGGUGAAGUAUGUGGUGGAGCUCGCCCGGGCGCUGGCCAUGAUGCCGGGGGUCUACCGCGUUGACCUCUUCACCCGCCAGAUCUCCUCGCCAGAGGUGGACUGGAGCUACGGCGAGCCGACGGAGAUGCUCACCGCUGGAGCCGAGGACGCCGACGGCAACGACGCCGGCGAGAGCGCCGGGGCCUACAUCGUCCGCAUCCCCUUCGGCCCCCGCGACAAGUACCUGCGCAAGGAGCUGCUGUGGCCGCACAUCCAGGAGUUCGUCGACGGGGCGCUCUCCCACAUUCUGAACAUGGCGAGGGUCCUCGGCGAGCAGGUGGGCGGCGGUGAGGCAGUGUGGCCGUACGUGGUACACGGCCACUACGCCGACGCCGGCGAUAGCGCGGCGCUGCUCUCCGGCGCGCUGAGCGUCCCGAUGGUGCUCACGGGGCACUCCCUGGGGCGGAACAAGCUGGAGCAGCUGCUCAAGCAGGGGCGGCAGUCCAAGGAGGACAUCAACGCCACCUACAAGAUCAUGCGCCGGAUCGAGGCGGAGGAGCUCUCCCUCGACGCCGCGGAGCUCGUCAUCACCAGCACCAAGCAGGAGAUCGAGGAGCAGUGGGGGCUCUACGACGGGUUCGACGUCAAGCUCGAGAAGGUCCUCCGGGCCAGGUCCCGCCGCGGCGUCAACUGCCACGGCCGCUACAUGCCCAGAAUGGCGGUAAGUGGUGGCGCCGCCGCCGACGACGACGACCCAACUCAAAUGCUCCACCGCUCAGCGACUGAGACAUUGAGAAAUGGCUGUGCUUGCAGGUGAUCCCGCCGGGGAUGGACUUCAGCAACGUGGUGGCGCAGGAGGACGGGGGGGGGGAAGGAGAAGGAGACGGCGCCGCCCUCGCCGCCGGCGAGGGUGGCGGCCCCGCUUCUCGUGCCCAGCCGCCGAUAUGGUACGAGGUGAACAGAUUCCUGACGAACCCACACAAGCCGAUGAUCCUGGCCCUGUCGAGGCCAGACCCGAAGAAGAACAUCACCACCCUCCUGAAGGCCUUCGGGGAGUGCCGCCCCCUGAGGGAGCUCGCCAACCUGGUAAGUCGCCGGCGGCGAGGAGGAGGAAGACGACGACCCAGAAGAAUAAAUGAACCUCUUAAAGCCAUCGAACUGAACGCCGGCGGCGAUGUGUCUUCCUUUUUUUUCUGCGCAGACGCUGGUGAUGGGGAACAGGGAUGACAUCGACGAGAUGUCCUCCGGCAACGCCAGCGUCCUCACCACCGUCCUCAAGCUGAUCGACAAGUACGACCUCUACGGCCAGGUGGCCUACCCGAAGCACCACAAGCAGAACGACGUCCCUGAGAUCUACAGGCUCGCCGCCAAGACCAAGGUCCGUAACCAGCGGCGAGUUGCCUGAGGAAUAAGACGACCUCUGAUAUCAUCCAUUACAUGACUGACUGACUGGUUUUGGGAAAAAAAAAACAUCUGUAGGGGGUCUUCAUCAACCCGGCGCUGGUGGAGCCCUUCGGCUUAACCCUGAUCGAGGCCGCUGCCCAUGGGCUCCCCAUGGUGGCCACCCAGAACGGAGGUCCAGUCGACAUCAACAGGGUACACACCAGUCUCAAGUUCCCAACCCUCCAUUAAUGGCGUCCUGUCCGAGCUCAAGCCUUCCUCUUCGUCCUUAUUUGAUGGAGUUCAGGCGCUGAACAACGGCCUGCUGGUGGACCCGCACGACCAGAAGGCCAUAGCCGACGCGCUUCUGAAGCUAGUGGCCGACAAGAACCUGUGGACAGAGUGCCGGAAGAACGGGUGGAAGAACAUCCACCUCUUCUCAUGGCCGGAGCACUGCCGGACAUACCUCACCAGAGUGGCCGCCUGCCGGAUGAGGCACCCGCAGUGGCAGGUCGACACCCCGCUGGACGGCAUGCCGGCGGAGGAAUCCCUUGGAGACUCCCUCACGGACUUCCAGGAGUCCUCCCUCCGGCUCUCAGUCGACGGCGAGAAGAUCUCCCUCAACGACCCCGACGAGCUCGAGAAGGUUGCAGAGGAAGAGGACGACCCCGAGCUCCAGAGCCAGGUGAGGAGGAUACUCAACAAGAUCAGGAGGGCCCCCGCCGCCGAUUCUUCCCAGCCGGCGGAGGACUCCAAGAGAGGGGAGAUCUCCUCCACCGCCCUCAGCAGGUCCCCUCUUCUCCGGCGACGGCGAAGGCUGUUCGUGAUAGCUCUCGACUGCUACGACGACUCCGGCAGGCCGGACCGGCGGAUGUUGCAGGUGAUCCAGGAGGUUUUCAGGGCGGUGAAGCUGGACUCCCAGUUGGCGAGGAUCUCUGGUUUCGCUCUCACCACCGCCAUGCCGAUCUCGGAGACGGUGGAGCUGCUGAAAUCGGGGAGGAUCCGGCCGGCGGAGUUUGAUGCCCUAAUCUGCAGCAGCGGCAGCGAGGUCUACUACCCGGGAACCUCCAUCUGCGUCACGGAUGAUGGCCAGCUCUGCCCCGACCCCGACUACGCCGCCCACAUCGAGUACCGCUGGGAGCGCCACGGGGUGAGGAGGACGACGGGGAAGCUGAUGAGCGCCCCCGACGUCAGCUCCGGCGACUCCCCCGCCGCCACCGUCGUUGAUGAAGACGUCCAGUCCAGCGGCCCCCACUGCGUCUCCUUCUUCGUCAACGACUGUUCCUCGGUACUCAGAUACACCUCCCCCUCUCCAGCUCUCUCUCUCUCUCUCUCUCUCUUUCUCUCUCUCUCUCUCUCUUUCUCUCUCUUCUGAAACCUGUGGGGGAACCAGGCGAAGAAGGUGGACGAUCUCCGGCAGAAGCUGAGGAUGAGGGGGCUGCGAUGCCAUGUGAUGUACUGCAGGAACUCCACGAGGCUGCAAGUGAUCCCGCUCCUAGCCUCCCGGUCGCAGGCGCUCAGGUAAGAGCCCACCUCGCCGUCUUCUUCUUCUUCUUCUCCCCCGACGGCGUCGGCGCUGAUGACCGGAGGCUUCAUCGAUGUCCGGCAGGUACCUCUUCGUGCGGUGGGGUCUGAACGUCGCCAACAUGUUCGUGAUCAUGGGGGAGAAGGGGGACACGGACCACGAGGAGAUGAUCGCCGGCACCCACAGGACGAUAAUCCUCGGCGGCGCGGUGGAGAAGGGCUCGGAGGCGUUGCUGAGGGCCGCCGGCAGCUACCAGAGGGAGGACAUCGUUCCCGGCGGCAACCCCACGACGGUGCACACCACCGGCGGGUUCAAGGCCGAGGAGAUCCUCGCCGCCACGAGGGCCGUCUCCAAGGCUUCCUCCGGAAAAUGA